GACUUCGCCAGCGCUCUUUCCACGGCCAUCGUUGUGCGCGGCAGCAGCCUGCCGUGCCCUGCCUGCGAUUGCGCGUGCUCUCCCCCGCUCCACUGCCCGGCACUGGAGUGCCGCCGCCCGAGCGGCCAGGGCCUGCUCGCGGCGAGCUCCCCCGCCGGCUGGUCCACGGGCUUCGUGGCGGGCGCGGCGGUUGUCUCGCUCGGCUUCGGCGCGCCGGGAGGCGGACUCCUGACGGCGAGGGCGCGGGGCGUCUCGGCGGCGAGCGGGAAGCUUGUUAUGUUUCCCUUCGCGGCGCCCGAGCCCACCCUCGACCUGGCCACAGCGGCGGCCGCGCAGGCCAGCGUGGCGGAUCGCGACAUCCGAUCCAGUCACGUUCUCAGUGGGCAGGGUGAAGGCUUGCCAGGCGUUCCAGUCAAUCACCUGUAUCAGUUUCGGCAACUGCCUCGAGCUGCUGACGUGUGGGCGGCGUUUCGACGCGCCGUGGCCCUGGGGUUCGGCGUGCUGCCCGCCUUUCCGUUCAACGUCGACCUCAGCGCCACCACCGUGCCGGGCCUGGCGGCGGGGCCCCUCGCGCUGCCCGACCCCGCAGCGCCGCCGCCCGCGGCUGGCGCAGGCGGAGGCGGCCUCGGAGCUCUGGCGGCGGCGCUUGGGGGCGGCGCCCCCGCGCCCGCGGCGGCUCUGGCAGUUCCCCUUGGCGCGGCGGCUGGCGCCGCCCUUCCUGCGGCAGCGGUGGCUGGCGUCGACCCUCGCGUGAUGGCGCUUGUGCUCGACGGCCGCGUCUUCCGCGACAUCGCCUUCAGUGAUGCGGUGAAGCUGCAGACGGAGACGGUGCGCGCUGACUGGCCUGUGAAGGGCCCGAGGACGUUGCUCCGGGUGCUCGGCUUCAUGCUCCGCAUGGCGGGAGGAGCCAUGGCAUGGCACAACCGCUGGAUCGCGAUGGCGCAGCUUGGCGAGCACGACGAGAACGUUGAGCUGCACGAGACGCUUUGCCGCGUGAUCGAGACCGCCCUCUGCCACGACCUGCUGGUCAUCUGUGAGCUCGCCUCGUACGAGUACCUCGCUCGGCAGCUGCAACUGGCGGAGGAGCGAGCGUUCGAGGAUCGCACCAGGAGGUCGCAGCCCGCGCCCAAGGCGAAGGCGCAGGCGAAAGAGGCCCCCCCUGCCGACUCCGCCUCGGAGGUCGGCCACCUCCUCGGCACGGGCGAGACCAAGGGAAACUUGUGCAUCUGUCCCGCCUUGAUGGACUGGAUCGCAGUGCAGAUGAAGAUGGAGGCCGCUGUGGCCAAAGAACGACGCAAGGCUCGUGAGCAGCGGGCCUUGCGGGCGCCAUACGCGGUGCCGAUCGUCAGCAAGAUGUUAUUCCGCUUCCCCUUCUUCCCGUGGAUGGGCGCCGCCAUCUACCCCUCGGUCGCGCGGCCCGUCUUCGAGCUGCAAAAGGAGAAUGGUAGCGCGCCCGCGGAGCAGGCAGCCUCGGUGGAGCACCUCGCGGGCCUGCACCGUGAGUUCGAGCUGCCUGCCGCCUGUUCGGAGAGGAGCAGUGCCUGCGAAGCACCCCUGGUAGAGAUGCUCGCUCAGGCGCCUGGCUGCGCUGGCGACGGCGGUCGGGCGCGCCCCUGCAGCAAGCCCUUGGUGGCCUGGCCCCAGUCGACGAAAGCCGCGCCCACCUGCGACGUCGUCUCGGAGGCAGAUUCCAUCGUGCUGCAGGGUUGGAGGCAGACUAUACUGAAUCCCGAGUCGGUUGCAGCGGAGCUUCGGGACGCGCCGGGUAUCGACAGCCCGCGCGUGGGCCCUGAGCUGCACUCUCAGCCUAACGCUCAGUUUUUGAAGCAGCUGGAGGCCCACGACAUGAUCACAUG